AUGGUUUUCCUCACCAGAGUCCAAGUCUCCGCGUCUUGUUUCGUUCCCCCCAUCCCUCUCGUCGUUGACCCCAGCAUCAUGGAACUCAGCUCACCCAUCAACGCUACCGUAUAUCCUGAUAUAUUCGUCAACGACUCCGGGAGAGUCAGUAUACACCCUUUCGAGAUCACUGUCGUAGUCACAGGCGACAUCCCUCCCCACCUCGUCCGUAGCAACGUCCCUGUAUCUGUCUCCAUCUCUGUUGCUGAAGAUCUCCGGCCAUUUACGAACCUGUCUUUGCACGCGCAUCCACUGAAGGACGAAGAGACGGACGAGUUUGGUUGUGACGUCUCAGUGUCUCUCCGUCAGGUGGUCACGGGGUUAUCACCCGACAUCUACCACCACAACCACAACCGCGACCAUCAUCAUCCCCAUGACCGCAACCGCGACCAUGAUCACGACCACGACCACGACCACGACCACAACCACGACCACGGCCACGAUGACCACGACCACGGCCACGACCACGACCAAGACCACGACCAUGACUACGGCUAUGACCCGGCCCUCGACCGCGACGUCACAUUCAUCCCUCUUCCACCGACCUUCAAUCGCUAUAACCCAAGCCAUUGGGCGCUCCUUUCGGAUAACAUCCGUGACUUCGUUGCCACGCUCCGGCCUGACAGCGACCUGAGGGCGUGGGGCACGGACGUUUUCUGGAUUUCUUGGGUGGGCGCUCACAUCAAUUUCCCGCAUGGAGACUGGCCGAAGUGGGAUAGCGGCAUUGCCCUCGAAGGCUCGUUCAUCGAGUCUUGGGUCACGGAAGCGUAUUCUCGCGGGCCAAGGGCUGUCACGGAUAACACCUUUGACGUGGUCUGGUCUGAGUUUCUGAGAUAUGCGUCGCCAUUCAUCAACGGUCCAGUUAUUUCUUAG